UGUCACGUGUGCAUUAUUGUGAGUAGAUGGUGGCGGCUCGGUGAGGCCUUCAUCCAGCAGUGGAUAGACCACGGCUGAUGACGAUAAUGCGAACAACAUUGUUGGAACUAACAUUGCGUGGGGAGACAACACAGUCUGGCGAGCUCCGUGAUCUCAGGUGUCGUCGUGUCCCCUACAGGUGAAGAGUGACUUCACGACCGAGUUCACAGCUUCAGUGGCUGACCUGCGUGUCAUCUCAGCGAGUAGUAGUCCCCUCCCUCUAGACCCGCUAAAUAUGGAAACAUGCACUGGGUAUUUAAGGUUUGCACGUUUUGGCAUCAGGUGAAGCUCAUCGACUGUGCGGUGGUGGUUUCCGUUCACCUGUUCUCGCCUCGGGUUUAUCAUCGUGCGCAAGAUGGCGGUAACUCCACUCUCCAUCGUGGCGGUAGCCUGCUUCUGCUGCCUGGGGUCGAACCGUGAUGUCGCCGCCGUGCCGGCAGGGAACCUUGCACCCUUCGACUCCUUGGGCACCCUGGGCACAACCACUGCGUACGAGCGGCGCAUCCGGCCCAACGUGGGAGGACCUCCGGUGGUUGUAAAUGCCAGCAUUGUCAUCAAACGGUUUGGCCCCGUUACGGAGACAUCCAUGGACUAUCAGAUAUCAAUUUUCCUUCAACUUCGCUGGAACGAUCCCCAAAUACAACAGCUGCUGGCAAACGCAAUGCUCAAGGAAGACUCAAUUGACCUCGGCAACAACUAUUAUGACCUGCUGUGGAAGCCGGUACUUUUCUUCGAGAACGAAAAGUCAGCGAACGUCCACGCCAUCACAUCUGAUAACAAGAUGCUGCGGCUCUACAGGAAUGGGGACGUGUUCCACUCCAUGAGGGUGACAAUGCUCCUGGAGUGUGCCAUGAUCCUGCGUGACUAUCCCAUGGACCUACAGCACUGUCACAUGAACAUGGAGAGCUAUGGUUACACAACGAACGACGUCAUCCUUCAGUGGAACAGCACGGAUCCCGUGAUAUUCAACGUGAGCACGGCCACCACCACCUUCACCGUGUCGGAGAAGGGGAUCCUGGGCAACUGCAGCAAGACGUAUGACAGUGGCCCGUAUUCGUGCAUCUCGGUGGAGUUCGACCUCUCACGUGACAUUGGCUACAACCUGAUCCAGCUCUACAUUCCCAGCAUGCUGCUUGUCAUAAUCUCCUGGCUCUCAUUCUGGAUUGACAUGUCUGCUGCGCCGGCCCGGGCUAGCCUAGGCAUCACCACCAUCCUCACCAUCACCACGCAGAGCUCGGCUGCCAACUCGCAGCUUCCCAAGGUGUCGUACAUCAAGGCGAUCGACGUAUGGAUGGGCAUGUGUCAAGUGUUUGUGUUUGCGGCGCUCUUGGAGUUUGCGGCCGUAAACGUGAUGGCUCGACAGGGCAAACAUGCCGUGAAGCUCGUGGGUGAGAACAGCUCACCCAAGGAGAAGGUCGGAGCCGAGGACAAGAAGAAGAUGUACGUGAGGUGCGCACAUCGCAUCGAUUAUUUCUCGCGCAUCAUUUUCCCCAUCGCCUUCUUCAUCCUCAACAUCUUCUACUGGGUCUUCUACAAAGUGGUGCUCAAAUUCAACUAGGAAAUUGAGCAAACCCCGCUCAGAUUCUGCCAACGUGCUGAGAAAGUACCCAUGUAGCACGCGUCAAUACCAUAUAUUUAUAAGCUGUAUUGUAUUUAAUUGCAUGCGCGUAUUGUCACGAAAACAAAGCAAAAUUAAAAAAAAUACACUUAAAUACAAAUGUACAGUAAAAUAAAUGUGGUAGCAAACAUUGGCAAGUUAAACAUGCCACACUAUUGGCUAAAUUUGCCCCAGAAUGAGCAAUGCUCAUGCAACACAGCAAACUGAAACAUAUGACUUUACGGGGGAAGAUGUGUGAUCAUACUGCACCAUACUGGUUUGUGUGGCUUGGCAAAACUAUUCACUUGACGUGGAAAUACUGACAAGGAGGUGACGCCAGCCACAUUAUAAUUUUCAGAAUCGAUUACCCAGGAUAUUGUAUCUAAUUGGUGACCCCUGGAUGGUAAGUCCCAAGUUGCCAACCAUUACAUCAUGGUAGCUGCUUUCGUUGCUCAGUUAAAAAAUAUUGUACGUUCAUUGCCAGACAAAUGUUAAUGUGUAGCAAGCGGGUAACCAUUUAUAUGAUGCGAUUAUCGGUAAUACAAAAAUAACUUUAAUGAAUCUAGUAAGAACAGGAAAAGUUCUUUUUUGACAAUUGCUGUAUUUAGGCAUUGUAUAAUGACCUGGAAAUUACUUUAAAAAAUUACUUACAAUUCUACUGGAGUAACCCCCAACCCCAAAUAUUAGCAUUAAAUACGUAAUAUCUCACGUUAUCCAGGUGUAUUGUGAGAUAGGUAAAGUGAAUUACAACUACCAUAUAUGUUACAUAUACCAUUGUAUAGCUUUAUGGGCGGAUUUAUUUCUGAUUUCAUCACCAGCUGUAUUAACCCAUAACUUUUCGUCGGUCAUAGAGCGGAAAUGUGAAGGUAUGUGAAAUGUGAAGGUAACUCGCCCCAAAGUUAUCUCCUUUCAUGAUUAAUAUGUACUGGUAUGUGUUAAUUAUUUCUAGUAAUAUCAACCAGGAAGAUUAACAAGUAUAAUCAUUGACAUUUGUAAGGCCCAUUUCUUCCAUAGAUCCCAAUGUGCCGUAAUUAUAAUUCACAUCUGCUUCAAAAGUAGAAUAAUCUACAAUGUCAAUCAGUAAUCAAAUUUACAGUUGGAUUUCAA